AACUCCAGUGAGGAAAAUUGACUGUGGGAGAGCAGGAGGCAGAAGGGUAGUGGGUUUAGAAGAUGAGGGAAGAAAGAAGGUGUCUAACUGGGGGGCUACAUCUGCGGCUACUCCUCCUUGUCAUCGCACCUGAUGUGCAUCGAGCCCUGAACAUCAACCAGAACAACGUGACAGUGUACAGCGGGCCAGAGGGCAGUUAUUUCGGCUUCUCUGUGGACUUCUUCCAGAUCACAGGUCAAGGCGUGAGCCUAGUGGUGGGGGCCCCGCAGGCGAACUCAACCCAGACAAAGGUGGAGGAGGGGGGGGAGGUUUACCUCUGCCCUUGGUCAGCAGACGGUGGGACAUGCCAAAGCAUGGAGUUCGAUCAAAAGGGCGAUGAGGAGUACAAAGUCGCCGAUCUCACACUGAAGGGGUCUAAAUCGCAUCAGUGGUUUGGAGCGAGUGUGCGAGCCACAGACAAAUACAUCUUGGCCUGUGCCCCGCUGUUCCACUGGAAUGUCCUCAACAGCUUUAAUGAGUCCCAGAACACUCCGGUGGGGAACUGCUUCCUGAAGGACGUCACCACUGGCCAGGUGUCCGUCUAUUCCCCCUGCAGAGAAAUCUAUGUGGAGUUUCACUACAAGUCCACCAGAUAUGUGAAUGACAAGCGCUACUGUGAAGCGGGGUUUAGUGUGGACAUCACACAGAAUGGAACAGUUGUGCUUGGUGCCCCUGGAAGUCUGUACUUUCAAGGUCAAAUUUUCACAGCAACCCUGGAAGAACUAACAGACAUAAAGAGACGACCCAGAACUUACACCUACCUUCCAUCUAAGGGCGUUGGGCGUGAAAUGAACGCUUAUGCUUUUCAGGAAAUCUAUUCAGACAUAUACAGUGGUUACUCUGUUGCAACUGGCUUUCUGACUGGGGACAACAUUCAAGAUUAUUUAGUUGGUUUCCCUAAUGACCGUGACACAUCAGGAACGGUCAGAAUCUACAACGGAAGACUUGAAUUGAAAAAGAAGCUCUUAGGAACUCAGGUGGCAGCCUAUUUCGGUCAUGCUGUGGCGGUGACUGACAUCAACAACGAUGGGAGAGAGGACAUCCUGAUUGGAGCACCGCUCUUCAUCGAGCAGCUAGCCAAUCAGCAGCAGCGCGAGGUGGGCCAGGUGUAUGUCCACCUGCAGCAGGUUCGCUCCAAGUUCAACGCCCGCCCGGACCAGACGCUGACGGGCUCGGUCCCGUAUGGACGCUUCGGAGCGUCCAUCGCCCCUCUGGGAGACCUGGACAAAGAUGGCUACAAUGAUGUGGCGGUGGGUGCUCCAUCUUUUGAUGGGAACGGCCGUGUGUUUAUCUACAUGGGGCGGAGUGAGGGUCUCUCACCUCAGCAUGCCCAGGUCCUGGAGAGCCCCUUCCCCUCCCCACACACCCCCUCCGCCUUCGGGUACACCCUCAGGGGGGGCACUGAUGUGGAUGACAACGGAUACCCGGAUCUUAUUGUUGGUGCAUGGGGUGCCAGUAAGAUAGCUGUAUAUAGAACUCUUGCCGUUGUGAAUGCCAAGGCCCAGCUUACCCUCUCCCCUGACGUGCUAAACCCAGAGGAGAAGACCUGCUCAACCACCAGGACUAAGAAGUCAGUUACCUGUUUCACUGUCAUCAUGUGCAUCAGUGUCUCUGGGCAUCGUAUCCCCAAAUCACUGGCCUUGAGUGUAGAGCUGCAGCUGGACAAGAUGAAGCAGGCUCUCACCCGUAGGACCCUACUGCUCCACAAUGGCCAGCCACAGGAGAGUGUCACACACACAGUCCAGACAGCACACCCCAACACCUGCUUCAACGUGACCGCUUACCUGAGGGCAGAGUCAGAGUUUAAAGACAAGCUCAGUCCUAUCUUUAUUUCAGUCAACUACACACUGAUUGACACUGAAGACGCCAUUCUUCAAGGCCAGACCUCAGCCAUGGCACAGACACGCAUCAUCCUAGAUUGUGGUCCUGACAACAUCUGUAUCCCAGACCUGAAGUUGACUGCUUCUGCCGAGACGUCUCGCCUGCUGAUUGGAGACGAGAACCCGGCCCUGCUGGUUGUCGAGGCGGAGAACCAGGGGGAGGGGGCCUAUGAGACGGAGCUGCACAUCAGCCCCCCCACCAGCACCCACUUCCAGGGCAUGGCCGCACACAGGGAGGGCUUCAGCAGACUGAACUGUGCCCAGAGGAAGGACAAUGGCUCUGUAAUUGUAGUGUGUGACCUAGGAAACCCUAUGCCAUCUGGCCAGAAGCUGAAGGCGGGCCUGCUCUUCAGUGUAGGGAACCUGGAGGAGGUGGAGAGAGACGUCACCUUCCACAUGCAGAUCAAAAGUAAGAACAGUCAUAACCCUGACAGUGACCCUGUCCUUCUGAAGAUUAAUGUGACAGCCUCAGCCACACUGGAGAUGCAAGGAGCCUCCUCACCCAUGGAGGUUGUUCUGCCCAUUGCUAAUUGGGAGCCUGUAGAGCGCCCAGCCUCUCUGGAGCAGGUGGGGCCGUACGUGGAGCAUGUCUACAUGCUGCGGAACCUGGGCCCCAGUGCGGUGAACGUGAAGGCGGUGAUGGAGUUCCCCACGCACCGCCAGGGAUCCACCUUGCUCUAUGCCUUUGCCACUGACUCUGAGAACUUCCUGUCCUGUUCCGCCAACAAUGCCAGCGUCGACCCCGACAGGCUGGUGAGAGCAGAGUCCACAGUGAACCGAACCACCCGGGGGGGCCACCAGAUCAAUAAGAGGGAGGCCCAGACAGACACUCCCCAAAACCCUCAAGCACAGAUGUCCAGGGAAACCAUCCAUGUGAACUGCUCCUCUGAGGACCCGUGUGUGAGGGUGGAGUGUGAGGUGAAGGGGUUGAAGAGGCAAGGCAUCGCUGUGGUGAGGGUCAUGGCCCGGCUCUGGGUCAACACCUUCUCAGAGAGGCCAAAUGAGAACUACAUCCUGCAAUCCAAUGCCCACUACCAGGUGGUGGGGAUGCCCUCAAAGAUCCAGCCCCAGGAGCUGCCCAGCGGUCAGGCAGAGACCCACACUAGUGUUGUCUGGAGGGAGGAGAUAAAGAAGGUGCCGGUGUGGUGGAUCGUCGUGGCCAUUGCUUCUGGACUCCUGCUAUUGGCCCUGCUCAGCUACAUAUUCUGGAAGGUGGGCUUCUUCAACCGCAACCGGCCUCCGUGUGAUGACGACGACGAAGAUGAUGACACACAGAAUCUCAGCCCUGAGCAGACGGAGUAUGCUGAUGUAAAGUCACCCCAGGACACCUGAAUGUAAACACAGGCUGAGGGCACUGUCAACAUGGGCUUACUUUCCCGUCACGUGUAGAUGCUUUCAAAAGAUUUUUUUUUUAUAUUUACAUUUAAAUGAUCUUAUUAUUUUCAGGGGCUUCAUAGUCUAAAUGUUUCUUUUCAUAAUCCCAUUAACAUUUUUUGUAUCUGCACUGUCAUACACUGCCCAACUUUAUGCUCUAGUUAAAAAGUCCUCUGUACUCAAACACCUUAACACCAUAAUUUAGAGUCAGUAGUUCUUCAGUCUAUCAGUAGGCAGAAUGAGGCCGUUUUCUGAUGGAUUAUAAUAGAUGAAGCCAAUCUGGCUGGCCUGUGGAGCUGGGUCUGCAUGUCAUAGCUGUGCCAAAGGAAAGUUGUGACAACAUCUUGGCUGCAUUUGCCACCACUGUUGAGCUAUGUACAUUGUUGCAAAGAGAGAAAGAGAGAGAGAGAGAGAGAGAGAGAGAGAGAGAGAGAGAGAGUGCUAGAGUGAUAUAGAGAGAAGGUUUCUCUGUAUCAUUUAACCAUGGGUGUAGCACAACAGAGCUUUUGGGAAAUGCAACCCUGUAUCUUAUCUGUGGUUUAAAAUAAAACGCUUGUGGUUUGCGGCUUCA